AGAAAUGGAACCACAACAGAACGAACAACACCUGUAUGAGAUCAUGCAGGCUUUAGGAGAUUUACAGGAUGCAUCUAAGGUGAAAGAUACUGAGGAAAAGCUUAGUUCUGCCCCUCUUGAUAUUUUGGUGCCAAACUUGAUCUUAAUAAUAGAAUUAGAACCCCAAAUUUUUGAAGAUAUCACUCCUCAGCAGCUCGAAUAUAUAAGACUUCAAGCGGCAGUUCAUUUGAAAAAUAUCUGUAGAGCUAAAUCUCAAAGAAGAAUUGCUAAUUUCUUUAAAGAAACCUCAAGAGCUCAUGAAUUGCUCGAAAAAGUGGUUCAGAUUCUUAUAAAAUCUGAAAACUCCAUGGUAGUUGGCCAAUUAUCACCAGCGAUUCUGCAAAUCCUCCUUCAAAUUCGAGCAGAAGGAGCUCUUAUAGUUCAAACCAUUAACGAAAUAUACACGAAGGCAACUAAUAACCAAGAUAAUUUCCAUCAAAAACUAAUGACAGUUGAGGCUAUUUGCGAAAUUAUUUCUGAAUACUCCUCAAAUCUAGACGUUCUAGACCAAAUGAGAGAGGUAUCAUACCUAUGGGAGACUGACUACCCUUCUUGUGUGAAGGCUUUAGUCCAGACCAUGGAAAGUAAUGACUCAUCCCAAGAAGUUAGCUACAUCAAGAACACCUUUAUAACUUUGAGCAUGAUCAUGCUCAAAAUUCUAAAAAUUCUGAACGAAGAGGAAUCCUUAGAGUUUAUUAAAUACAUCGAGGCUCUUAAGAAGGAAGUUUUGGAAAUUGCCCUCAAAAGUGGAGAGACUCUUACAGACGAGGCUCAAGAGAUGAACCUUAAGGUCGUGUAUUCUUUACAAACGCUUGAAAUUGGGCUAGUGAAUUAUAUCUGCCUUGAGAAGAAAGACCUUCAACUCUAUUUCCAGAUUGCUGAUUACUAUAUAAAUGUGGCAUUUGGUUCAGAAAAUCUCCAGAUUUUUAAGAAAUUUUCUGAUGACCAACUCUCAUUUGAUAGUGGUUGAUAUGAGCUAGUAGGGAUCCUUGCUCAUGGCAUAAAAUUUCAUAAAGAGAUCCUCGAAAAUCCUAUGUUUUGGGUCUCAGAUACCUUAUUCAGUGAUUCACCAGUAGAAACAACUCAACAAUUAGAAGAAGCAUUAAGAGAAUAUUAUUCAGAAGAAAAAUUAGAGAUAAUGUGAGACACCCUAAUUACUUUUUAUCUUCAGAUAGAUGAGACAGAGUUAGAAAUGUGGAAAGAUGACCCUCUCUCUUUCUACUUUGAGUCUAUGAAUCCAGAGAAAUCUUUCAUGCUGAAAGAGCUAUCUCAUGAGUUCAUAAAUUCUUUAAAACUCCGUUUCCCUGACUUUUUGAAGAAAUAUCUUUCUAAAAUAAAACAGCAUUUGCAGUUAGAAUUGGCUUGUCCAAAAGAAGAGGAGAUACAUUCUAACACAAGAAAGAAGGAAGCCCUCUAUAGUUUCAUUCAAAAAGGAGCCAAUUUCGAUAAUAAGAGCGAAAUGGAAAACAUUCUAUCUCUCUUAAACUCAGAACUUCAUUCGAAGUCCCAGUAUAGUGAGAUGCUGAAGAGAAGAGUUGUCCUCAUUCUGACUUCAAUAACCUGUCAAUUAGAAUCAAAAUCUGAGCAAGAGUUGAAAACUUCCUUCUUAGAAAAGGUGAUAGACCUUUUCAUCUCAGAGACUGAUUUCUGUUUAAAACUAACAUGAAUUUCAUUCUUCUACAAGAUGUUCAAAGAUUAUAGAUGAGCCUUUGAAGCGUAUAAAGGUUACAUCCCUACCAUACUGAACCACAGCUGUGAAUUUAUAGUUUAUGUCUCUACUCAGAAUUCAGGAGGCGGCAAUGGGGCUUUUCACCCUGAGACUUAUCAUGAAGUACUCAAACUAUUUGCUUUGUUCUCUCAAAAAUACCCUGAUACCACUAUAGAAUACAUAGAGUGCAAUUUUGUCAAAAGUCCUAGCCUCCCACUUGAGGUUAAAAAGGAGCUUAUUCCAGUGAUUAUUCAGAUUCUAGCACUUGUUGAGGAUGACAAAAUAAGCAAAGAGUUCACAACAUUUGUGGCCUCCUUACUCCAUGUUGCCAAUACUUGCUUCAGUGAUCCUAUUGUUGAAGACGAAGCUUUGAAACUUCUGCUUAUCUAUCUCAGGAGGUUGCAGAAUUACAAAGGAUCAGGGGACAAUCCUUUUGUGUUAAGUCUUCAGACUUUCAGACUAGCAGAAAGAAUUGUAGAUCAAUUUAAAAUUAAAGAAGAUGAUAUUCUUAAUGUUUUCUCAGUCUUAGAAGAAAUACAUUUUAGCCUGUCUCAAGCAGAUACCUCUGAGAUCACAGCAUCAUUAGUUCUAGAAGUGUAUAGUAAUAUCUUCAGGAAAUCCUUUAAUAUUGCUGUAGAGAAGGACGAGUCUUCUAUAGUUCUUCUUGCGUGCCAAUUUGCAGCAACACUGAUUAUUUCAAACCAUAACGAUGAGAUAAAGCAGGUAUGUCAAGAAGUUCUUCAUAAAGCUAAGACAGACAUUGUGCAGAGACUUCUUGGAGACCUAACAAUGGAUCUCGGGCCUCCUGAAUUCAAGAAACAGCCAGACGUUCAUGACCAAGAUUAUAUAAACGGAUUUCUUAUUUUAUUUAGUGCGAUAUGACUCGAAGAUAUAAAUGUGUGAAAUAUCCAAAAUAUCAAUGAGAAUCCUUUGGAAAUUCAGUUCUUCAAAAUUCUAAACUCAAUUGGACCAGAGUAUCUCUCUGAAAUUGACAAUCUAUUAGACUCUGAAGAUGGUGAAGACACAGAUUUAAAGCAUAUAUCAGCAUGCUUUGCAGUUGUUUAUUUGUAUUACUGAAAUUCUGUAUCUCAACAAGGAAACCGGCUAGAAUCUCUAAUAAUCCCUGAAAUUCAAGAAGCAAGCAUAAUCUUACUAAAGAAUGCACUGAAGUAUAAAUCUUGCCUUCUCGAACAAACAAAAGGAGUAUUUCCAUCCCUAACACCUUCUACAAAUGAAGCUGCUGAAGCUUUGCUUCAGGAGGUUUCUGACACAAAGUUUCUUAGGAGUAGGACUAAGCGCAACUACGUAUUAAAAACCUUUGAGAAAGAAGCAAGGCUUUUGCAAGAAUUGCUAGGAGACAAUAUUGAACAGGAUGACAGAAAGGAGCAGUUUUAGGUGAGUUUGGCAUAAAUGAGGUGAAAGUGUCAGAAAGACUUAAACUUUGUUAGAGCUGUGAUGUUUAUACAUCAGUUAUCUUUAAUAAUAAGGCAAGAAUAAUAUCUUACUCUACUUUU